ACGUCAGUGAAUGUAGCGUCAUCCUUUCUGGAGUAGAGCAGCGCGGGGCCCUUUUUUUGCUGCUCUACAUAUUUCUCAAUUUGUAUACCUUCUGCGGGUCCCCAUAACACAUUCUUUGUGUUUUCAUCUAUCCCCACAAUGAUGCCUCCUGUAGGAGUUUUCACUUGCCUUAUUGUGUUCGCCGCACUCGCCUCCGAGACGGCCGCCGAAGGUCUGGUAAACGAGGACGUGCGGAGAACAGUAGACCUGAGCACUCAUCUUGCUAAGAUUUCCUCGGAGGUGCUCCUGUCGAACCAGGGCGAUGCUGCGGUGCAAACCUUUACACUGGCGGUGGAGCCCGACCUGGUGCCGCAUCUCGCUUACAUUGGAGCUUCGGUAAAAGGUGAUGAAGAGGAAGAUGGAACUCUUGAACUCAAGCAAACAUCAAUACAUGGGCAGAGUGGGGAAUUCUACAAGGUGCAGUUGCCCUCCAGCCUGGCCGCAGGUGCUAAGCUGAGAGUGAAGGUGGACAUGGUGUUCAGUCAUGUCCUUACGCCUUUCCCCUCGCACAUCACUCAAGCCGAGCGCCAGUUGGUGGUCUUCCAGGGGAACCACUACCUGUUCUCCCCAUACCCCACUCGCAGCCAGACCACCCGUGUCCGCCUGUCCUCCAAGACCGUGGAGAGCUACACCAAGCUGGGCAACCCAAGCAAGAGCGACGAGGUCAUCGAGUAUGGCCCCUUCCGUGACGUCGCAGCUUUCAGCGAGGAUGCGAUGAAGAUCCACUACGAGAACAACAGCCCGUUCCUUAGCAUCAGCAGCAUCACACGCACCAUUGAGGUGUCCCACUGGGGCAACAUCGCUGUGGAGGAGACCAUCGACCUGAGACACACCGGAGCCUACCUCAAGGGCCCCUUCUCCCGUUACGACUACCAGCGGCAGUCCGAUAGUGGCAUCUCUUCGGUUAAAUCCUUCAAGACGAUCCUCCCCGCCUCUGCCCAGGAUGUGUACUACCGGGACGAGAUCGGAAACAUCUCCACCUCCCACCUGCAGGUGCUGGAGGAUUCGGUGGAGGUGGAGGUGCGCCCCAGGUUCCCCCUGUUUGGAGGCUGGAAGACCCACUACAUGAUUGGCUACAACCUGCCCAGCUACGAGUACCUCUACACCCUGGGAGACCAGUAUGCAUUGAAGAUGAGGCUGGUGGACCACGUGUUUGACGACCAGGUGAUCGAUUCCCUCACCGUGAAACUCAUUCUGCCAGAGGGCGCCAGAAACAUCCACGUGGAAACCCCUUACCCCAUCUACCGCUUGCCUGACCAGCUGCACUACACCUACCUGGAUACCUUCGGCCGCCCAGUACUGGUCGCGACGAAGAGCAACCUGGUUGAGCAGCACAUUCAGGACGUUGUGGUCCAUUACACCUUCAAUAAGAUCCUGAUGCUUCAGGAGCCUCUGCUGGUCGUUGGUGCCUUCUACAUCCUCUUCUUCACCGUCAUCAUCUACGUGCGCCUGGACUUUGCAAUCACCAAGGACCCGGCUGCCGAGGUGCGCAUGAAGGUGGCGUCCAUCACGGAGCAGGUGCUGACCCUGGUCAACAAGCGCCUGGGGCUGUACCGCCACAUGGACGAGGUGGUGAACCGCUACAAGCAGUCACGGGACACGGGCGCUCUUAACAGCGGCCGCAAGACGCUGGAGGCGGAGCACCGCACGUUCACCAAUGACAUCACCAGCCUGCAGGCUCGCCUGAAGGCCGAGGGAUCCGACUUGGCGGAUAAGGUGGGCGAGGUGCAGAAGCUGGACGGCAAGGUGAAGGAGAUGGUAUGCCGCUCUUGCCAGGAGGCGGAGCGCCUGGUUGCGGGCAAAGUGAAGAAGGAGGCCUACAUCGAGAGCGAGAAGACCCUUGGCACCAAGCGGCAGGAGCUGGUCAGCUCCAUCGACAGCCUGCUGGACGCCCUCUAAGUCUCUGGCCGUGCACCGAGGACGUGCACUGCGACACGAGGGCACUCGUAGCACCCGCGUGAUGCCCCGCCCACCCCUCCACAACAUAGAUGUACAACGAGAAUUCAUGCAUUCAUUCAUAUAUGUGCCGAAUUUCCACAAAGGAAGCACACACACAAACACGUGCACACACCUACACACACGCAACACACACACAGACAUACGCAACACAAACACAAUUUAGUGAACGAUUUGAACAUCUUCCCAGGCCUGUCGGGUAGCUUCAGGCCUGUUAUGUGUGUGUACUAGCGUAGCCUUUGUCCCUGCUGCAGGAACACGGUCCUACGCAGCACAUACUGAACCAUGGCCAUUACUUUGAGAAUGUACCGUUUAUUAUUUUAACUUUUGGCACCGAAGUCUGGGUUCUGUUUCCCAUUGAAAUCUGGACUCUUUUAUGUUUGUCUUUUUAUUUUCUCUCUGCACCCUUUUUUUGAAUGGUUUUGAUAAAACGUCUGAGGGGCUGUUUUUGUAAUGAAUAAUUUAGUUGAUGGAGGUCAAAUUUUGCCACAUGUUUUGUUUUCAAGUCCUGUGUACUUACUCACAUGUGCUCUCUAGUCCCUAGAAGGUCAAAUCAUUUGCUUCUCGUUGGUAGGAUGAUGUCAUGUUCAGACCAUGUCAUCUUCUUUGCACUUACAGCAUUCUCUCUUCCAGACUGACCCUUACUUAAGCAUUGGACUAAAGCAAAUAUUUGAACAAAGCUCUGAUUCUGCUACACAACUGCUGGGCAUUUCAUUUGUCCUGUCCCUUUGGGGAUGUAUAUGAUCUUUUUUCUAUCAUUGGUAUGUCUCUUCUGUGUCCAAUAGAGAUUAAUGAAUCCAUGAGAUUAGGCAUAUUGUGGAUAUAGACCUGCCAAUGAAACAUGAGUCAAGUUUGUUGUGUGGACCGUCAUUUGAGAGAUUUGAAAUAAAGUGUGAGAAACUUUCACA